GUGCGGGUUAGGGGCUGUCUCCGGAGCGCGUCGGGCCUGGCGGCUUCGGGGACCUCGACGAGCUCCGCGGCGGCCCACGUUCCCGCUGCAGAGUCUGGCUUUGCGGGGCUGGUGUCAGCGCCAUUCUCCCGGGCACACGUGCUCCUGUGGUUCAGGGGCGCGCUCCGCCGCGCCGCUCCCCGGGGCUGCUCCCCAGUGUUGGCGCGGACGCGGCAGCCGGGCUCGCCGCUCUGUUACGUGCCAGGGCGGGGCGAGGGCCGCCUGGCGUCUCCCAGCGCAGAGCUGGAGCCGGGCUCGCCGCGCCCCGCGGCCCUCCCCCGCCUACGGCUCUGUGGUGGCGCCCGGGAGGACCUUUGGGCUUGCGGAGCCACAGGGGCCGCCCCGCAGACCUCUGAGUUCGCAAAGGGUUGGGUGUUUUGCAGAGCCCUUCGGGGCUCCUGUACCUUGAUCUGUCAGGCCCCCAGACUCUGUAGAGCGAAGCAUCAUGAGGCUGGUCUGUGCCUAGAAUUGCAGGUUCUGCCGGUGUGUCAGCCCCACCACCUCUGGCAAGUUAAUGCUUCCGUGCUUCAUUUUCCUGCUUCCUCUGCCUAAUAAAGAACAUUUUGAUGCUAUGAAGGUUGUAGGAUAUGCACAUGACAACAUCCUGUAGGUUGAGAAGCAGGAAGCAGAAGCAAGUUUUCAUACAAGUUCGUAUAUUGAACGAUUGGAAUCUCUCAGCCCUGAGAUUCUGUUGAAAUCCAGGAGAUGGAGACACUAGAAGAAAAAAGGAACAAAAUUUUGUGACACUGGAUACGGAAAAGAUUUGUGAAACAGAAGAUGAAAAGCACAAAGGAAAGAUGAAUUAGAAUGGACUUCAUUAAAAUGAAAAGCAUUUGCUCCCCAAAAGACAUAGGUUGACGAUACUGAGCAGAAUGUUCCUGCCUGGAAUUUGGAGGUCAAGGCUGGAAGAGGAGGUUCUUGCCAAAAGAAAUGAUGGAAGACCACAAAGUGUGAUGAGCUACUCAAUUUGCAGGAGGCAGCACAAAAUGGAACACACAGGCCGUGGCUGCCACUUCACCUGCUUGGGGGCCCCGUGUAACACAGAUAAAGACGAAGGGAAGAGAAUGGCAGGUUUUUUGAAGCAGCAGAUUCUCAAGACUGAAUCACUGGAGGUGAAUACCAGGAAAGCUGCAGGAAGCCUGGUGGGCUUGGGGUGGGCAGCAAAGCACUCUAUACACAACAGUGGACUGCCCUGCGCCCACCUACGCACCAUCAGGGUGGGCAUCUGUUUAUGCACCCCUGAGCAAGUUCACUGGGACAAAACUCUGAAUUUCUUGGAGAAACUACUUUCCCCCAGAAAAGGAGACAUCUGUGGGACAUACAUCACACAGGAGCCCUGUCUGGGGCUGUCCUGCGACAGUGAAGGUAAUCUCUACACCAAUCUCUUGUGGGGCUUGAACCCACAAGAGUCAUACGCUCCAGUGACUGAGCCAGCCAGACACCUCGGGCAUCAACAUUUUUUAAAGCCCCUCGAGGAGUUUUAACAUGGAGCCAAUGCUGAGAACAACUGCUAAGAGUCUACUCCAGUCCUCAAAUGCAAAAGUUUUUAUUAAAAAGAAAAAUAAGGCCAAAGAUUUCUUUUAAUUGGAAAAAGUAUAUUUUUUUCAUAUUCUCGUAUCUCAAAAGCUACCAAAGGGAUUUUUCCC